CAUUGACAUUGAUCAACAAGAAAUUUGUAAUUUUAACUUCAAUUGAAAUAAAUAAAAAAUAUUACCUACACCUGGAUUGCAAACAAUUGGCAGCAGUUAAAUUUGUAGUAUCUGCUAGAAAAUAUUACUAUUAUCAUAAAGAUGAACCCCAUACCUAUAAUAGGGGAUGGCGAGAAAGAGGAGGAACCGGUUCUCCCAGCUAACCACCGGUUUAUAGAACCAGAAAGAGCUGUGAAGACUAUCACAGAUAUGGCACUUUGGGAGAAAUCAGAAGCUUAUAUGGAGUACACAGGAUUCAUAGCAACACUUAAUGAGUCAAUAAAGGGAAAACCUUUGUCAGUAGACUGUAAGGUAUCUGAUAAUGUAAAGAAGGCUGCAUAUUUGCUGGAGCAGGUUUAUCAGUUUAUAGAUGAGUUCCCACCAAUUGAACAGCCCCAGAGAUUUGGCAAUGUAGCUUUCAGAGACUGGCUUCAAAAGUUGAAGGCCAACUCAACAACAAUGCUCCAGCAAAUGUUGCACAUCAAUUUACAUUUGGCUAUUCCUGAAAUUAAGGUUUACCUGGAAGAGAGCUUUGGUAAUGCUACAAGAAUUGACUAUGGAACGGGCCAUGAAAUGGCUUUUGUUAUGUUUCUUUGCUGUAUGUACAAAAUAGAGUUUUUCAAACCAGAUGAUAAUGUGGCUGUAGUGUUUGUGCUUUUCAACAAAUAUAUGCAUAUUGUUAGAAGACUACAAAAAUUGUAUAGGAUGGAGCCAGCUGGUAGCCACGGAGUGUGGAGCUUGGAUGACUAUCAGUUCAUACCCUUCAUCUGGGGCAGUGCACAGCUUAUCGAUCAACCCCGAAUAUAUCCACCAGGUAAAUUUCUGGAGGAUGACAUUAUUGAUAAAUAUGCUGAUGACUACAUGUUUCUGUCCUGUAUAAAGUAUAUAAAAGAAGUAAAGAAAGGCCCGUUUGCAGAGCAUUCUAAUCAGUUAUGGAGCAUAAGUGCUGUGCCAUCAUGGGGUAAAAUAAAUCAAGGACUUAUAAAAAUGUAUAAGAAGGAGGUGUUGUCCAAGUUCCCUGUGAUCCAGCAUGUGUUGUUUGGAUCACUCCUCCCUAUCAGAAGGUUUCCUAUUAACAUCUAAAUAUUAAUUAAAGAUGUCUCAAGAGCCAAGACAAUUUUGUUAGUGUUGAAUGUUGUUUAUGAUUGAACAAACACUUGUAUUUAUUUUUAAAUUCAAACAGUACUGUUUAGAAAGCACUAUGGAUACUCUAGUUGAUUUAUGUAGUAGUACAUAGUGUAUGAAUAGUAUAUACUAACAUUGUAUAAGGUACUCAACCAUUAUGGUGUUUGUUUUAACAAGCGAGUUGUUUCAGUAUUACAAAUUUAUGAAAUUUAAAUUUUGGAUAAAUGUGAGUUGAUCUUUGUGAUAUUUAUAUUAUAGGUAUUGCUAACUUACGGAGCUUGGUAUUAAAUUAGUUAUUAAAGUGGGAAACUGUUUUAUUUAAUAACAUAAAUUAAUGUAUUUAAUGCUAACUGCCAUUUUUGUAGUACUUGUUUCAGUUUGCAAUAUUAAAAGUAGUAAGUACUUGUAGAAAUGACUAACUCCAACUUGUAUGUUUAAUUUCUUCCUUUACCAUGUCCAAAUUUAAAUAAACUCCAAGAGUGUC